AUGGGACGCGUGUACGAUCAGCUUGAGGCGGUGGAUGUUUCCGGCGACAAGUUUCACGAGCCGUUGCCUCUUGGGCCCGAUGGACUUCGGUACGGCAAUCUUCCGAAUGGCAUGAAGUACUACGUACGGCAAUGUGCCAAACCCAAGGGCCGCUGCGCUCUGGCGCUGGCAGUGCGCGUGGGCAGCGUCGUUGAGGAGGAGGACGAGCGUGGUGUGGCACACAUUGUGGAGCAUCUGGCAUUCAACGCCACGGAGUCGUACUCGAAUCACGACAUCGUACGGCUAUUGGAGCGCAUUGGGGCGGAGUUUGGGGCGUGCCAGAACGCCUAUACCUCGGCCGACGAGACGGUCUACACUCUUACAGUUCCCACAGGGGACAAGGAGGGUCUGCUGGAUGAGACGCUGGGCGUGAUGGCGGAAAUGGCCUUCAAGAUCCGCUGCGAUCCUGGGGACCUGGCUAAGGAGCGUGGUGCGGUCCUUGAGGAGUGGCGCAUGAGUCGGGACGCGGGCGGCAGGCUGCAGGAGGCGCACUGGCAGCUCAUAUUCCAGGGCUCCAAGUACGCCGACCGACUUCCCAUCGGUACGGAGGCGGUCAUCCGUCGCGGAUCAGCCGCCACCGUGCGCGCCUUCUACGAGCGCUGGUACCGACCUGAGAACAUGGCGCUGGUGGCGGUGGGGGACUUUGCAGAGCCAGAUGUGGUGGUGGACCUCAUCCGCCGGCACCUAGGUUCCGGAGCCAGUCGUAGCAGCGAAACCCCGAUCCCCCCGCCCAGAUUCGAAUACGUGCCGCACGCUGAGCCGAGAUUCAAGGUUCUAAUCGACCGGGAGACACAGCAUCCGGUUGUGUAUGUGUCGUACAAGCACCCCCGUAUUCGUAUUUCUACGCCCGGGGACUUCCUGGAGCAUCUGACCCUGAGCAUCUUUGAGGUCGCUAUCAACAACAGGUUGUACAAGAUCAGUCGCCAGCGGCAGCCCCCCUUCGCCUCGGCCUCCGUGAGUGAGGAGCCGCUGUGCGCCACCACGGGGAGCUGUGUGCUGUCCGCCACCGCCAUGGACGGCGAGGCGUUGACCGCAUUAGAGUCGUUGUUAACCGAAGUGGCGCGUGUACGACUGCACGGCAUAGGGCCCGCGGAGUUUGCGCGAGCGAUCAGUGAGAUGACGAGCGAGAUUGAGAACACGGCGUUGGAGGCGGAUCAAGGGUACUGUACGGAGAUUCGGGAUGAGUAUGUACGGCACUUUCUUUACAACGAAUUCGUGACAGGUAUGGGCGCCAAGAUUCGCCCGCCGCGACAGUUAUGUUUGUUGAAGGCGGCGAUCGGAACCCUUGCCAUGGACGAGCGAUACGGGCUCGAUCCCGUGUAUACAUGGCAGGACGUCGUUCGGAAUGGUUGUACGAUGCUGUGUCAGGAGUACGAAUCCCGGCUGGGUAAGACCCUGAUCCCCCUCGUGACCCGGGAGGCGGUGGAGCAGUGCGCGAAGAAGUACCGCCCCUGCGACUCGUGCGUUGUCAAGGCGAGUGUGCGAGUUGUCGACCACUCCCGCAGCUGCACUGAAGACCAGCUCAGAAAGGUUUUGGAGCGGGUGGCGGCUGACGAGGCCUCGGGGGCCAUAGGGCCCUGGGAGGAGCCCCCCGCACCUGAGUCCCUCAUGACGGAGCUGCCUACACCGCUGCCCCUGGAGUCGGCUGUCGUACAGGAGCGCCAUUUCCCGGCCCCCCUGGAUGUGACGGAGCUGACCCUCUGCAACGGCAUGAGAGUGGCGUUCAAGAGUACGACAUUUAUGCGUGACGAGAUUCACUUGACGGGUUUUGCCGUGGGCGGCCUCAGCGAGACGCCCCUGGAGCUGUUCUACACGUCCUCCCUGUCCGGCACGUUGGCCGGUCACCUGGGGGUGUUUGGAUUCCGACCCGAUGUGUUGGGGGACAUACUGGCGGGGAGGAGGGUGGAGCUGGAAACAACCGAGGGUGAGUACGACGAGUACGACUCUACUGCUUGCGGCUCAGCUCCUUCAAGUACUUCCGUGGCAAAUUCAUCCGUGCCAUGUCUGGAGGUGGAAACGGCGGUCAAGCUUGUACGGCAGGCCAUUGAGGCUCAGCUCCGGAACCCACUCCAUUCGUACCACCAGCGUGUGCGUUACAUCAACUACGGCGGCUGCUAUUACUUCAAACAGCUUACCUUGGAGGAGGUGGACAAGGUCGACCCCGCUCUGGCCCUGGCCCAUCACAACCUGAGCUGGAGGAACCCCGCGGAGUUCACCCUGGUGCUAACCGGCAACGUGGAUCGGGGGCAACUGGAGCAGCUGCUGUGCCGCUACCUCGCCACACUGCCCAAAACCGCUCUACCGCCGCCAAAGCUACCAAAGGACGUCAAGCCGCUGCCGUACAGGUUCCCGGAGACGCCUGUCGUGGAGGACGUCAAGCUUCACUCGUUCGUGGUUGCCAUGGUGUCGCCGGUGGCUCAGUCGCAAAUCACCUUCCCCGUGUCGCUGUCCCGCCCCCGGGCGAGGGAGGAGGUGGUGUGGCUGGCGCUGGCGUGUAGGGCCCUGGAGACACGGCUCAUUCAGAGGAUGCGGUUUGUUUCCGUGAGCUCCUUCUUCGGCUGCGUAGCUCCCAGCCUGGACGGCGACCCUGAGGGCGAUGUGGCCAUCAUGUUCUCCUGCGACCCCGCUAACAAGGAUCGACUGGUUGGCAUGGCGCUGGAGGAGGUAGCGGCAAUCCAGGCCAGCGGCAUGACGACUGAGGAGGUCGAGACGCUGAUCAACUUGGAAAGGCUGCAGUACGAGGAAAGCCUGGCGGAGAACAGCUACUGGCAUGAGGUCAUCGUGUCUGGUUUCCAGUCCAAGAGCUACCAGCUGCUCGGGGGGGAUCUGGGGGCAGUGUACGGCAAAAACACGGAGGCUCGGGAAAAGGUGUGGGGCUCCUGUACUCCGGAGACUCUGCAGGAGGCCUUCCGCCGCCUGUUCCCCUCACCCCCCACUGGCAGAUACACAGCCAUCAGCAUGCUGCCUAGGCCGCCGGGGCUAUGGCACCGCAUCGGUGCAUAUCUAGCGAGUAAAUGGCUCGGAGCCUCGUGCGGGGGCUUCCCGCCGCCAGCGGGGGGAAUGCCCCAGGAGCCGCCGCCGUCAGCCGCCGCCGCUACCACCAUGCCACUUUUAGGCAGUAGCGCUGCAACAAGCGCCGGCGGCGACGGCGACGGCAGCAGCAUUUUGUCGUACAUCCCGGCUGCGGGCAUCACCGCGGCGGCCGCCGCGGCGGCGGCGGUGGGCGCUGGGUUACUGCUCUGGUCCAGAUCGGGCCAGCGCCGCGGCUAG